CUGAGCCACGCUGGUCAGAGUCCUACCCUGUCUUUAUAAGCCAUGUUCCUCAACAUUUCACCCUUGAACCACUGAAAUCGUCCCUCCCAGUCUGUCAUUGAAAGCCAUCUUCCCUAUUUUUAAAGAACUGUGCUCCCUCUUUCAGAAGGGACAGUGGUUCCCAAAUUUGGGUGUUUCUUUAAGGUCUUACCACUGGACCGAGUUGCUAUUUUCGCAGGUAUCUUUCCAGGGCUUUAAUUCGAGAAUGCUCUUUAGCACUGUUUCUCAAACUUACAUAUUCCAAGCCCCUCUGAUUCAGUAGGUGCGGGGUCUGGGAAUCCAACAUUUUCAAGAUGCUCCAGGGAGCUGUUAUCGCCAGCUAAGAUUUAGGAACAUGAAUUCCUACAAAGUCCUGAACCAAAACGCUUGAAAUAAGAAAUUCCUCUUGUAGCCUGCGGGGUGUGUCAUGGUUACAUGACUGAGCUUUUAUUAAAAGGAAAAAAAAAAACAUUCUGUAAACGGAACAAUCCUAUCUGUACAGUACUUACUGAAAGAGUUCCCUAGCAGGAAAACUCCCAAUUCCGAAUAAAAUAAAGGGUGAUGACGGCCCGGAUUUGGCAAUCCUGCUGCUGCUCGUGGGUCUGACUGAUCAAGCUCCGGCCGCGCCCUCAGCUAGAGCCAAGCUUUUCCUUCCUAAGAGCAGAUCCUCGAGGGGCGCGGUGGUGGUGAGCUGUGCUACCCCAACGCCGGUGGGUGCGUCCUUACAGAGUGACAGUGUAUCAUGCAUGCCACUAAUUCCAGGGGACGCUCCCCUGCUUUCCUGCAACCUCAGAAUGGAAACAGCCAUCGCUCGUCUGGUUAUGUUCCAGGAAAGGUUGUCCCACUGCGUCCCCCUCCUCCUCCAAAGAGCCAAGCUUCAGCCAAAUGUCCCUCCAUCAGACAGGAAGCCCGGGCCAGCUUUGCUUUCUCACCUGAAGAGCAGCAAACCCAGGGAGAAAGCCAAAAGCAGAAGAGGCACAAACAUACUUUCAUUUGCUUUGCUAUUACUAGUUUCUCAUUUUUUGUUGCACUUGCAGUCAUUUUAGGGAUAUCCUCAAAAUAUGCUCCAGAUGAGAAUUGCCCAGAUCAGAACCCUCGUCUCAGGAACUGGGAUCCAGGACAGGAUUCUGCAAAGCAAGUUGUUAUCAAGGAGGGGGAUAUGUUCCGUCUGACCUCAGAUGCCACAGUGAAUUCUAUAGUCAUUCAGGAUGGAGGCCUGCUUGUAUUUGGGGACGAUAAAGAUGGAUCCAGAAAUAUUACUUUGAGGACUCGUUACAUCCUGAUCAAGGAUGGUGGGGCGCUUCAUAUUGGAGCAGAAAAAUGCCGCUAUAAAUCCAAAGCGACAAUUGCCUUGUAUGGCAGGUCAGAUGAAGGUGAAAGUAUGCCAAUAUUUGGCAAAAAAUUUAUUGGUGUGGAAGCUGGUGGGACACUGGAGUUACACGGGGCACAGAAGACAUCAUGGACAUUGUUGGCGAGAACUCUGCAUUCCUCAGGCUUGGCCUUUGGCUCCUAUGCCUUUGAGAAGGACUUUUUAAGGGGCCUCAAUGUGAGGGUCAUUGACCAAGACACGGCCAAAAUUUUGGAAAGUGUGAGGUUUGAUACCCACGAAUACCACAAUGAGAGCAGACGACUUCAGGAGUUUUUGAGAGUCCUGGACCCGGGACGGAUUGUUGCUAUAGCUGUCGGAGAUUCAGCAGCCAAAAGCCUCUUACAGGGAACCAUACAAAUGAUCCAGGACCGGUUGGGAAGUAAGCUGAUCCAAGGCCUGGGCUACAGGCAAGCUUGGGCUUUGGUUGGUGUCAUUGACGGUGGAAGUACUUCUUGCAAUGAAUCUGUGAGGAACUAUGAAAACCAUAGUAGUGGAGGAAAGGCUCUUGCCCAGAGAGAGUUUUAUACUGUGGAUGGUCAGAAGUUUGCUGUGACAGCUUAUAGUGAAUGGAUUGAAGGAGUCUCUCUUUCAGGUUUCCGGGUAGAAGUUGCAGAUGGAGUGAAGCUUCAUCUGCUCGAUGACGUUAGUAGCUGGGAACCUGGGGCCCAGAUUGUGGUUGCAAGCACAGACUAUUCCAUGUACCAGGCAGAAGAGUUCACUCUUCUCCCCUGUCCUGAGUGCAGCCGUUUCCAGGUCAAAGUCAAAGAAACCCCUCAGUUCCUGCACAUGGGUGAGAUCAUAGACGGCGUGGACAUGAGAGCCGAGGUGGGAAUUCUCACCCGGAAUGUUGCCAUCCAAGGAGAAGUGGAGGACUCAUGCUACGCUGAAAACCAGUGCCAGCUCUUUGAUUAUGAUACCUUUGGAGGACAUGUCACGAUAAGGAAAAAUUUUACUUCAGUCCAUCUUUCUUAUGUGGAAUUGAAACACAUGGGCCAGCAGCAGAUGGGACGGUAUCCUGUUCAUUUUCAUUUGUGUGGAGACGUGGAUUAUAAAGGAGGGUACAGACGCAGAACAUCUGUGGACGGCCUGUCCAUUCAUCACAGUUUCUCCCGGUGCAUCACUGUGCAUGGGACAGAUGGCUUGCUGAUAAAAGAUACCAUUGGGUUUGACACACUAGGUCAUUGUUUCUUUUUGGAAGAUGGUGUUGAACAGAGAAACACUUUGUUUCACAAUCUGGGACUCCUCACCAAGCCAGGCACCCUCCUCCCCACGGACAGGAAUAACUCUAUGUGCAUCACGAUGCGAGAAAAAGUGUUUGGAAAUUACAUCCCUGUGCCUGCCACUGACUGCAUGGCUGUUUCAACCUUCUGGAUUGCUCAUCCCAAUAAUAAUCUGAUUAAUAAUGCAGCUGCAGGCUCACAGGAUGCUGGAAUAUGGUAUUUAUUUCACAAGGAACCUACUGGGGAAUCCAGUGGAUUGCGGCUCUCAACGAAACCAGAACUUACUCCAUUGGGGACAUUCUAUAACAACAGGGUCCAUUCAAGUUUUAAGGCUGGCUUAUUUAUUGACAAAGGCGUCAAAACCACCAAUGCCAGUGUUGCUGACCCACGGGAAUACCUCUGUCUGGAUAACAGUGCAAGGUUUCGGCCUCAUGAGGAUGGUGAUCCUGAAAAGCCACGUGUUACUGCUGUGAUUGACAGGCUCAUUGCUUUUAAAAAUAAUGACCAUGGAGCUUGGGUCAGAGGGGGAGACAUCCUCGUUCGGAAUUCAGCAUUUGCAGAUAAUGGAAUAGGACUCACCUUUGCCAGUGAUGGAAGUUUCCCAAGUGACGAAGGUUCUAGCCAGGAGGUAUCUGAAUCUCUCUUUGUUGGGGAGAGCAGGAAUUACGGCUUUCUGGGUGGUCAGAACAAGUAUGUAGGCACGGGUGGAAUAGACCAGAAGCUUCGGACAUUACCCAGGAAUAGGACCUUCCCGAUUAGAGGCUUUCAGAUUUAUGACGGGCCCAUUCAUCUCACCAGGUGCACAUUCAAAAAAUAUGUGCCAACUCCAGAUAGACAUACCAGUGCUAUCGGCUUCCUCAUGAAGAACACCUGGCAGAUAACCCCCAGAAAUAACAUCUCCCUUGUGAAGUUCGGUCCACAUGUCUCUCUGAAUGUCUUCUUUGGAAAGCCUGGCCCCUGGUUUGAAGAUUGUGAGCUGGAUGGUGACAAGAACUCCAUAUUUCAUGACAUUGAUGGCUCCGUGACAGGAUACAAGGACGCUUAUGUGGGAAGAAUUGACAACUACCUGAUCCGCCAUCCUAGCUGUGUAAAUGUUACCAAGUGGAACGCAGUGGUCUGCAGUGGAAGCUAUGCCCAGGUCUAUGUGCAGACACGGAGCACUCAGAAUCUGACUAUGACCAUCACACGAGACGAGUAUCCAUCCUACCCGAUGGUGCUUCGGGGCAUUAACCAGAAGGCUGCCUUUCCACAGUACCAGCCUGUGAUCAUGCUGGAGAAGGGGUAUACCAUCCACUGGAAUGGGCCGGCGCCGAAGACUGUGUUUCUAUACCUCAUAAAUUUCAACAAGAAUGACUGGAUUCGAGUUGGCCUCUGCUAUCCAUCAAACACAAGUUUUCAGAUUAGUUUUGGCUUUUUACAGCGGCAUAAUGGCUCCUUAUCCAAAAUGGAAGAAUAUGAGCGUGUGAAUUCACUGGAAGAAUUGCAGAAGAAGCAGUCUGAGAGGAAAUUCUAUUUUGACUCUGGCACGGGGUUGCUGUUUUUGUAUCUCAAAGCCCAAGGCCACCGGGAUGGCCACAGUUACUGUUCAACUCAGGGAUGCGAAAGAGUCAAGGUCCAGGCAACAACAGACUCAAAAGACACCAGUAACUGCAUGGCCAAAGCAUAUCCCCAGUAUUACAGAAAGCCGUCGGCAAUCAAGCGGAUGCCAGCCAUGCUCACGAAACCCUGUCAGGGCUGUGGGACCCAUCAGAUGGUAUUUACUAGUGAUCCUCAUAAAAGCUACCUCCCCGUGCAAUUCCAGUCACCCGGUAAGGCGGAGACUCAGCGUGGAGACCGAUCAGUUAUCUCCGUCAACGGCACCGACUUUCCCUUCCGGAGUGCGGGUGUCUUCCUCCUCAUUGUGGAUGCCUGCAGUGUUCCUUUCCGGUUGAUGGAAAAGAAGUUUUUCUCUCUUGCUGAUGUCAGUCUCCUGAAAGAGUAUUUAAAAACAGGCAUCCCUCCAAGGUCUGUUGUCCUGUUGAGCACAAGAGGAGAAAUAAAGCAGUUGAAUAUUUCAGAUUCAUUAGUACCUCUAGGAUUAGCCAAACCAGCUCAUCUUUAUAACAAAGGGAGUACCAUAUUUUUGGGCUUCAGUGGAAACUCUAAACCAUCAUGGACUAAGCUAUUUACCAGUCCUGCUGGACAGGGCCUUGGACUGCUGGAACAAUUCAUACCUUUGCAGCUGGAGGAGUAUGGUUGUCACAGAGUCGGCGCUGUCCACAGGAGAGACCUGGAGCUGUUAAAGCAAAUUUCAAAAGCACAUUAGAGACUAACUGUAACUUAAGUGCUGGGGGAAAAAUGUGAACUAACUUAUUUAAUUUAUGGCAUUUUAAAAUGACACUGUUAACCCAAUGGAACCAUUUUCCUGUUUGAUACAGAAAGGGGAGAAAAGAGUUUAAAGUGAUUCCUUGAAUACCAGCUCAUGCACCUUCUAGUUGUACAAAAUGUUAAGGAAUUUAUUUGUAUUUUCUAGGCUGGUAUUUCUCUUAUUCCUCACCUUCCACCCCAGUGUUUUGUAGUGACCAUAAGCAGUGCUCACCUCUUGUAUUAUGGGAUGUCACAUGGGCAGGUGGGGUGGGGGCUUCUGAGAGUCAGCCCGAGUGCCCGAGAGGACCGGCUCUUUGUAGCACCCUGGAUACUUGAAGUCUAUUGCUCAGUGCGUCAUGGACUUUGGGUCAGCAGUUGACUUGGGUGGCUGCAUGUUCAGCCAUGCUUUGGGCCCUGGUUCUGGGCAGCCUUUGAGGAUUUUAUAUGAUAUUGAAUGGUAGAGAUUUAAUUGGCAACUCAGGCCCAGCUCAUGCCCUUUUUUGCCUGGACAUGUGCUAUUUUUAUUCAUUUGUAUGUUGACUCCUUCCAAGCAUUCAACUUUCCAACAGGAAGUACAUUAGGACAAAAGGGCUUUUAGGGAUCAGACAUCCCUUUGGUCUGUGACCAUUGGGCAAAAAUUUGACCUACACCAAGGUCUGAGGUUAUCGGGACCGUUUUUGCAGCUUUAAUCCUUAACCUGUUUUGACUGUAUAUUUGUGUUUAAAAUGCAGAGCUGAGCUGAAUAUUUAACCUUUUUUUUUCUUUUUUAAAAGAAGCAGGCCAUUUUCCUGAACAGUAAACUCAUCAUUUCAACUUGCACAAAGGAAGUCUGUUCUUAGAGUUGCUCCUGCAUCCAGGUUUUUUGUAGUUGUUUUUGUGUAUAAAUUUUUUUAAGCUUUUCUGCUCACCAUCCUGCCAAGAAAACUGCAGAAAGCUUAAUGAUACCCCAAAAUAUUGCACUAAGGGGGAGAAAAAAGGGAGAGCCUUUUAAGGGUCCUGUUGUAGAGGGAACAUUCAGAAAUGAAUGUCUUCAUGGCCUUGGAGAAGUCAGGCACUCUUAAUGAACUUGUUAGAGCCAAUUUAAAAAGGUGCCAUGACGGCCUAUUUCCCUUCCACUGAGUGCAUGCACCUCCUGUCAGUGAGGGUUGCAUGAGGCAAAAGUAGAUUGGCUCCUGGCCUGGGACACAACCACACCAAGAGUAAAGAAGCGUCAAAAUGCCUUUACCUUUCCCUAAACCCACAAUGCAUGGACUGUAGUGGAGGAAUGGCCACAGUGAGAUAGUAGGAAGUGUGUUCAGGCUGACUUUGGCAAUGAAUACGGACAAAAAUUACUUUCGUCUACCAAGAGCUAUGGCUGAUGGCCUGUCUCUUGUGUCCAGGAGAAACUGCAGAGCAGCUCUGUGACUUAUGUUACUUUACAAAAUACGCUACCUCAAAGUGCCACCAAUAAACCUUUCUAACUGUAAGUGCUCUUCCUAAGGGCACAAAUCUUAAUCAAAUUUUAGGGGUCUUUUUGUUGUUUGUUUUGUAUAUUGAUGAAUGAGAUCUUACCUUUUAAAUAUAUUAUUGGAUCAUGGUUCCUGAAGGUGAUUAGUUUGAAUGUGUGUGUGUGUUUUAUGACUUAAAUAUUUUUAUGUGUGUUUUUAGAGUUUGGCUCUUUAAAGAUUUGGAGAGAAUAUGUAAUACAGUUCUAAGGCACUCAGUUUUUCUGAUUUAUAUGCUAAGUAUCAAGUCCUAAGUUAAAUAAAUAAAAGUAUGUGUGCAUGUA